UCUGCUGCCUAAUUAGCAAGCAGCUUGUCAGCUUGAGCUUCAGCUAAGCUAAGCUAAGCUUUGCCUCCAUGCAGCCGAGCAGCCGCGACACGGUCGCCGGCGGCGGCGGCGAGGGGACGCAGGAUGACUUCUUCGACCAGAUGCUCUCCACGCUGCCGUCGGCGUGGGCCGACCUGGGGGGCGGCGGCGGCGGCGCGGCGGGGAAGUCGCCGUGGGAGGUCGAUCCGGCAGCGGCGGCGGCGGCGUCGCAGGUGUUCGACGAGUCGGCGCUGCUCGCGUCCCGCCUCCGGCAUCACCAGAUCGGUGGGGCUGGCGGCGGCGGGGGAGAGAAGCCGGUGAUGCUGCAGCUGAGCGAGCUGCACCGGCAGGCCGGCGGCGGCGAGGAGGACGGGAGCGGCGCGUUCUCGCCGCUGCCGCUGUUCACGGACCGGACGAACGUGCCGCCGCGGGAGGAGAUGGAGGGCGGCUUCAAGUCGCCCAAUGCCGCCGCCGGAGGCGAGCACGCGCUGUUCAACGGGUUCGGCGUGCACGGCGGCAGCGGCGGCGCCGGGCAGCCGCCGUUCGGCCAGGGAGGAUCAAUGUCGGGGCAGAGCUUCGGAGGGCCGGCGGCGAGCGGAGGCACGGCGCCGGUCACCUCCUCCGGUGGCGGUGGCACGGCGCCGCCGCGGCAGCAGCGGGUGCGCGCGAGGAGAGGGCAAGCCACCGACCCACACAGCAUCGCCGAACGUCUUCGGAGGGAGAGGAUAGCGGAGCGGAUGAAAUCGCUGCAGGAGCUAGUCCCAAACGCCAACAAGACGGACAAGGCGUCGAUGCUGGACGAGAUCAUCGACUACGUCAAGUUCCUGCAGCUCCAAGUCAAGGUUCUCAGCAUGAGCCGGCUCGGCGGCGCCGCCGGCAUGGCGCCGCUGGUGGCGAGCAUGUCGUCGGAGGGGAACAGCAACGGGAGCAGCAAUGGCGGCGGUGGCAAGGCGAGCAAGGGCGGCACCGGCGGCGAGGGCGGCGGCGGCGGCGGAGGAGGAGGAGGAGGUGGCACCGGUGGUGGGAUGCGGGUGACGGAGCAGCAGGUGGCGAAGAUGAUGGAGGAGGACAUGGGCACGGCGAUGCAGUACCUGCAGGGGAAGGGGCUCUGUCUGAUGCCGAUCUCCCUCGCCUCCGCCAUCUCGUCGGCGACCUCAUCGGCGUCGCUCCUCUCCCGCCCGUCCAUCCGCCACGCCGGCGCGCCGCCGCAGACGAUGCUCGAUGCCGCCGGCCCGACCUCGCCGGCGGCGAUGUCUAACGGCGAUGACCCACGGCACGCAAAGGCGGACGGCGGCGCCGGCGGGACGCAAUGAUCGAAGCUGUCCGGCCGUGGCGACCAAGAUUACUGUAUCAUCGUUGUAUACUCCUUUUUCUUUCUGUUUUUUUUCCCUUCUCUUAAUCAUUUGUUAAAGAGAAGACGAAAUGACGCUGAAUUCUAUAUACCACUUUAAGUUAUUUAUCAUA